AUGGAGCCUGGGGUUGAGGACGGCGGGGAGGUUCCCCGUUUGGUGGCCUCUUCCUCCUGGGAGGCUCCUCGAUGGGGCUUGACCCAGAGCCUUCGCCUGAUUAACGCUGGCCAGGAAGGCCCUGAUGGUGGCGGCGGAGACGGCAGGGAUGAGGAGGUGCUGGGGCCGCCGGCUCCGGGUGAGGAUCUUGUUCUCUUGAAGAGGAAAGUGGACAAUGAAGAUGAAAGUUUCUGCUUCCUAUACCUGAAGUGUAAUCCUCACAGAUGUGAAGAAAUAGUUUCACUCAGGAUUUUAAGUGAAGCGAGGAAUAUGGAAGUGUAUGCCAGAGAGGAAUAUUGUGGAACCAGUAGAGGAGAGAAUGUUUGUACUAUCCAGAAUAACAGUGAAAAUGAGAUUACUUUGUAUAAGAAAUAUCUAAAAUUAGAAUGUUCCACAGACUCUUGUAAAAUUAAGCUACUUUCUUUUGGUGAUAAACAAAAUAUAUUUGUGAGUAAAAUUAUAGUACAAGUAAGGACAGUUUCUGCAAAUUCUUCAACAAGUUUUCCUGCUCUAGGAUCAAGGAUAGAUCUAGACAGGGUUCAAACCAUGAUGGAAUCCAUGGGAUCAAAAUUAUCACCAGGUGCUCAACAACUGAUGAACAUGGUUCGAUUUCAACAGCGAAAUUGUAUUCCUUUUGGAGAACAACUUCAGUGUAUCUUGGGAAAGAAAGACCCAGCUGUUUUUGGAGAUGAACAUAUGCUUGAUGGAUUGCACAAGUCAACAACUUCAGGAGUAUUAGAUAAGUCAUCCACUCCAUCUUUUUCUUGUAAGUUUGGAUUGACAUCUGGAGCGGUCACAGAAGAUAUAAAAGCUUACAUGGACAAAAACACAGAACUUUCUGCUAGAGGAAAUAUAGGAAAUAUUCAGUAUCCUGAAGAGAAUAAAACUAUACAACAAAAUAAGAUUCUUCCUGAAAAUGAUCUUAAAUUUUUAAUAUCCUCUUGGUUGCAAAAGAAAGCAAAUGAUAACUCAAAUACACCUAGUUCUGAGCUGCUUCCUUUCCUUCAAAACCUGUGUAGUCAAGUAAACCAUCUCCGAGUAGGAGAUAAGAAUAAGCCUCAGGGAAACAAUACAAAGCCAAAUGAAAGUGUUGUAAGCAUUGGAGUGGAACAGCAGCCUGUUUGUUCCUACUUGGAAAAGAUAAUUUCUAAAAAUAUGGAACUGAUGGAGAAGAAACUUAUGGACUACAUUGACCAGCGUAUGUACAAAUUACAAGAGCACAUAGAUAAUAAAGUUGUUCUAUUAAUGGACUUGCUGCAAAAUUCCAAUUCCACAUCUACUCGGGUGACGCAAGAACAUUAUGAUUCUGGAGAGAGACUCUCAAAUGGAGAGAGAUAACUACUUAAUACUGUUAUGAGCAACAGAUGUCUGCUAGACACAUGCACACAUACCCCAAACUUCCAAAAGGUUUGGAGGGAAAUUUUCAGUCUGAUAGCCUUCCAAGGGUUAUUUUCUGGUUAAUGUAGAACAACCUCAGUGUUUGAUAUUUUAUUGCACUUGUUACUGUAAUUCUCAGUAUUGCACACUAAAAGUUAACCUGAUAGUGUCAUAAAAUAUUUUUUACUAGCAAUAUUUUUCACUCUUAUAAGAUCUUACUUCUAUGGCUUUAUUACUUAAAAAGAUGCUGUUUUAAAAGAGCCACUUUUAGAAUUCUAAUUCAGCUCAACAAAAUUAACUGUGAUCUCAUAUACCCUUUUAAAGAGAGCAACUUUUUUUCUAUUUAUA